AUGGCAGGAGCUGAAAGGGAACAAGGCACUAAAAGCUGCAUUGUGCAAAUCAUUGGUAUGAUUCUCAAUGGCGUUGCAACAGUUUUGGCAAUUGCUGUUUGUGUAAUGCCCCACUGGAAAGUGUCCAUUGUCAUGGAGAGCGGCUCACAUGGAAGACGCAUUGAUGGGCACUGGAUAAGUCGUUGGGAUGGACUGUGGAUGACCUGUGUAAAGCAAUCCAACAACCCAUUAAAUUGUCAAUAUUAUUCCCAGUCUUUAUCCAUGACACCUGAUUUGAAGGGUGCAAGAGUUCUGAUGUCCUUUGCAGUGCUAUUUGCCGUUUUUGCUUUUAUUAAUGCUCUAACUGGCAUUCUGUUUAAUCAGUGCUGCAGGAAGAACAGAUGGAACCAGAGCUGCUUAUUGCUGACAGCUGGCAUAAGUUUCAUACUUGCUGGAAUCCUAAUUCUAGUAUCUGUGACAUGGACUGCAAGUAAUAUCUUGAGAGAUGUUUGCUUUUCCUCCUGUAAAUCUGUUCAGCAACAGGAACUUGGGGAAGCCAUCUUUCUUGGUUGGCCCACAGUGUUGCUUUUCUUCAUGGGGGGAUCCAUAUUUUGCUGGUAUAACCCAUGUGUCUGCAGAAAGAAAAGAGUCAAUCACAGAAUUGUUGUCUCUCGAUCUGAACUCUGUAAUGAAGAAAACUUGAUUGGAAGAGAACUCCGAACAUACAGACAAAACAGAACCAGCUGUUCAGAAGAAUAA